CGGCAGCCGGAAGUCCCGCCUGCCGUGUAGUCGCCGCCGCCGCUGCUGCCGUCGUUGUUGUUGUGGUUGGUUCGCUGAGCUCCGCGGCUCCGAGAGCCGGCUGCAUCCCUUCCCCGCCGUCGCCAUGAAGUGGAUGUUCAAAGAGGACCACUCGCUGGAACACAGAUGCGUGGAAUCCGCGAAGAUCCGAGCGAAAUACCCCGACCGCGUUCCGGUGAUUGUGGAAAAAGUCUCAGGCUCUCAGAUUGUCGACAUUGACAAACGGAAGUAUUUGGUUCCAUCUGACAUCACUGUGGCUCAGUUCAUGUGGAUCAUCAGGAAAAGGAUCCAGCUUCCUUCUGAAAAGGCAAUCUUCCUGUUUGUGGAUAAGACAGUCCCACAGUCCAGCCUAACUAUGGGACAGCUUUAUGAGAAGGAAAAAGAUGAAGAUGGAUUCUUGUAUGUGGCCUACAGUGGAGAGAACACUUUUGGCUUCUGAGGGCCAGCGCUGGGCUAGGUGCACCGUUCCUGCUUGUGUAUCUUGUAAAUAGCCGGCCAUUUUCAGUUUCCAGACCUCUUCACAUAGACCUAUUAGUGCAUUUGUAACUGGAUUUAUUUCUUAAUAUAUUGGAAGGUUUUGUUUCCUUAGAUUAGUAAAUUAUCAUACAGAGUUUUAUUUUCAGUUUUCCUUUUGUGCACUGUCCUCAUGGCUGUACUCUCCAGGGGACAUGUUCCUCUGGGGAUCAUAUUUAAUGAAGAUAUUUCCAUAUUAAAGUGAGGUAGGUGGGGUAUUAAAGUGAAAGGGAGGGAGAUGAUGCAUUUCUUCUGGAUUAUGUUUGAAGUGUUAAAGAUGGCUAAGUAUUAAAAGCACCAAAAUUAAAUCCUUAGCAAUCAGAACACUUGCUUCACUAGAUUUUGCCAACUGCCAAUCAUGUUGGACUGAGCUAAUCUGUUCCUCUUUCUGAAACUAUUAAGGUAAAUAAUUAACAAUAAAACUUCCUCUUAUAAAGGCA